CAGGAAGACACGGCGCUGGAACCCAUGGACACUUCAUAUCCCCGUGAGGACCCCCGGGCCCCAUCAUCCCACAAGGCUGAUGCUGCAGCCCACACGGCCCUCUCCAUGGGAACACCCGGCCCUACACCACGAGACCAUAUGCUCUGGUCUGUCUUCAGCACGCUGUACCUGAAUCUGUGCUGCCUUGGUUUCCUGGCGCUGGUCCACUCUGUCAAGGCCCGAGACCAGAAGCUAGCUGGGGACCUGGAGGCUGCAAGGCAGUACGGCUCCAAAGCCAAGUGCUACAACAUCCUGGCUGCAAUGUGGACGCUGGUGCCCCCAUUGCUGCUCCUGGGACUCGUGGUGACUGGCGCCUUGCACCUGUCCCGGCUAGCCAAAGACUCUGCGGCUUUCUUCAGCACCAAGUUUGAUGAUGAGGACUAUAACUGAGAGUUCUGAGCCUGCCCUGAACCAAGGACAACCCUGCCAGGUCAGCUGUGCCCAACACCAGCUCCUGGGAGUCAUAGCCUACUAUGGCACCUCUAUCCCUGCCCAGCCAUGACCCCAGAAGCCACCCUCUUGUCCACGAUGUGUAUUCGAUACUGACCCACUCAGAUCCCUCAGAUUUAACCUCUAACUUAGAGGGUCCUCUGUGCCUGGCUUUGCCCCCUUUUGCCACCUACCAGGCUGAGCCUCGUUCAUGAUUAAAGGUGUCAGAUUCCAGAAA